UUCCUGGAGAUAGCGGCGGAGUGAGACCUCUCGGCUCCUCUUCUGUUGUGUAACGGAGGAGUCCGUCCCCGCCCUUACUUCUUUAAAUACCCACCACCACGGUGAACCGUUAUAUGGGACAUAAACGGGGAUGUGCUGAUAUAGCUUGAUACUUUUUUUUUAAACAACGUGAAUACUUUCACCGUUUAGUUUAGUUUUACUUCUGAUAUGGAGCUGGACCGGCGAUUGUUGCUGGCCCACUGUGCGGUUCACGCCCUGUCGAUCGUGGCGGGCUUGCUGGUGGUCGUCCCCAUGGCUCUCAAUGGCUCCGCUUUUAAAGGCCGCUGCGCACUCUUCUCCACCGGCUACUGGAGGACCGAGGACCGGGCCGAGCUGACAGGGCAGCCCGGAGACAUCUCUCACCUGGUGGUGCAGCAGUGGGGUCCACCGGCAGCCUGCCAGUUCGCCACAUUUGUCGGUAUUUUCACAGUGCUGUACGGUGCAGCGCAGGGCUGGAGGUGCCUCUUUUAUCUGCACGGACGACAUGACGACACCUUGUUUUCGUCCUUCCUGACGGUGCUGCUGAGUGUGUGUGUGCUCUUCCUGUCUGGAGGGGCCAGUGUCAUCUUGUCUCUGGGUCUGGUCUCAUGGUGUGACACAGUGACUGAUGACAACACACGCACAUACAGCUGUGCAGAGUCACAGUCUGUUCCACUUUACCUGGAUGUGGAUACUUCCUUCUUCUACACAGAGCUCAAUCUGGCACAGGCGUCUCUGUGGUGUGUGACGGCUCUGUGGCUGGCUCAGUCCAUCCUGGCUUUCCUGCGGCUCUACCACUCCCACAGCCAGCACAUCAGCGGGCCUUGUCUUCCCCGAGAGAAGGAGCUGCUGCUGGGACACAGUACAUCUGUCAGCAGCUCCCCCUCACCUCCACAUCCUCCAGCGACACCCACCAUCUUCGUCUAACUGAGAGUGAAUGAGGUAGUGAUAUUAGGUGUUACACUAUAAAAAUUAAGUUUUAAACCUCUGUUUUUCCCCUUAUCACUACUGAUAAUGUCCACUCGACAGUUCUUGCUCCUGCAUGUAGAAUGUGAAUGUUUUACGUAUUGUUUACAACAUAAUAUUAAAGGUAUCAUCAUAUUUUGAUAUAAUCCUGCAUCUUAUAUAAUAGAGCCUGAGUGAUAAAUCAUAUUGGAGUUCGUAUCAGCCAAUAAGUAAUGAUACAUUGCAGAACAGGCAAAGACAUUUUGAGGUAGUUUGACUUCCAGAGAGCCGUGGCAAGUUUAUGUAUCAACUGUAAAAAAGGUCAAAAUACUUUGAUAACCAAAUAUGAGGAAUACUCAUGAGAAUUUUUUUAUGGUGUGUGUUCUCGGCAAAUUAAGAAUCUGUUGUCAUCUGAAAAUCUGGAAUACUGAUAUCAGUAUCUGCCUCAGAAAUCCAGUAUCAAACAGGCUAUAUUAUAUAAUGAUAUGAUGUUUGAGCAGGCCCAACAUCACUUAGAUUACAUAACACUGCCUCACUCAAGUACCCAUCACCUCAUAGUGACACCAUGACUUAGCACCAGUUUGUACCUCUUAUGUAUUUAUUACAUUUUUGUCACAGAAUUAAGCAUCCAUUGUUCUGAUAAAUAUUAAUUGAUCCUUCCUGAACACUCAAAAAUCCAUUUCUAAAACUCUUAAAGAUUCUUUUAACCAUCUGGAUGAAAAAAUAUUCUGUCCCCUGCACGAUAAAAAAAGAUUUGUAAAUAAUUUCUCCAGUUGUGACUCCUGGAUUUUCUAUUCAUAUUCGACUGAAUUUCUUUUUUUUAUCUAUGUGGCUAGAAGAGUCUUAAAGGAUUCUGGAAAUGUGAGGCACAAACUGGGACUAUUCUCAAGUCUUUCUUGGGAUAAAAGGGAUUUUACAGAAGAAGAAACAUGCAAAGAAACACACACUGGGAUAGCUGAAGCAUCUGUAUUCAGUGAUCUAACAACCACAGUGUUACUUUGAAGCUAUUGCUUAUCUUUGUCAUUUGAUCCUGACUUUGUGAAUUCAUGCAUUAGACGUAUGGCACUACACACAACCAGGUGGUGUUUAUCCUACAUUCUGUUUUCAAUAUAUUUAAUAUGCAUGGUUGUUUACAGUUCUGCUGGGGUCUUGACAUUUUGCACAGUUGUGUCCUCAUCAGGGAGAAUACAUUUUGUUUACUUGUUCUGAGUGUAAUAUUCAGAUGUUAGUACUGAGGCGCUUUUAUUGUGAAGCAUGUGGUGAGAGUGUGACUGAGCCACCGUGUACGUGAAACAGGCUCACUGUGUGAGCAUGACCUGAAUGUUCUGUUGCGCAACAGAAAAAUUGCUGCUGACCUGCUCUCUUCUUUUGACGAUUUUUAUUAUGAUGCUGUUUGUGUGGACACAGCCGCUCUCAGGGCGUUAAUGAAGCAAUGAACUCUUCUCUAAUGAUCUGUGUAGAGUCUGUAGAGAAUAAUUAGGAGGUAAACUUUCAAGGAUCUGUGAGAGUUUCCAAUUAAGAGGGAUUUAUGUGGAGCGCAAAAGGGUCAUUGAAGAGUUUUUUUUUAAAUGAAUGAUUCUAAGUUGUUUUUAAGGUUUUUCUCUUUGACCCAAGUGGUUGUAAUGACACACAGGCAGCAGAGCAAGAAAUCUGAAGUAGAGAUGAGCCAGCAUUGUCACUUGAAUUGAAUUGUAACAUAUGAAAUGUUUUUUGUAUUAUAACUGAUAAUGGUCUUGCUUUUUACCUCUUAUACCUGUUUGUGCUUAUUCAUAUUUGUGUAUUUGCAUUUGUCUUGUUCAUUGAAUAAAGAGCUUCCCAUUAUAAAAGAAUGUUGUCCU